GUUAAGAUGUCCCAUUAAGAUCGGAGGAGAAAAGAUGGAAACUUGGCCUCAAAGUUUGAAAUUUACAGCCACCCACGACCACCUAUUCCAACUUCAAUUCCUCCGAAACUUUGGUCUGCUGUAAGCAUCUCCUCCUCCUCGUCGGUGGACUGUAACUUUCCUCUCCUUCACUCUGUCUUUCCCUCCCCUUUACAUUUCGUACCUCAGUCUCAACACUCACUUCGCAUUUCAAUUCUUGAUUUAUUGUCUUGCCUCUUCUUUCCUAGUUUCUUGCCCAUAAUGUCUGAUAAAGUCUUCCCUUCCUCAAAACCAGCUGCCAACGGCACUGCCGCUAAUACCACUGCCGCCGCCGCCAUCAAUCCAACUGCUCCUGCUAACAAAUCUCAUCUCUAUAACCCCACAUCCAGCUUCCCUUACCGCUCACAGCCUCACAACCGCCGCCGCCGUACCCGUAGUGGCGGGAGCAUUUGCUGCCGUUGCUGCUUCUGGAGCCUCCUUAUUCUUCUAUUUCUUAUCCUCCUCGCUGCAAUUGCUGGAGCUGCUUUUUACAUCAUGUACCACCCCCACCGACCUGCCUUCUCCAUCCCUUCUCUUCGUAUCCACCGCCUGAACCUCACUACCUCCGCUGACUCCGCCACCUCCCACCUCUCCACCCUUCUCAAUCUCACCAUCAUCUCGAAAAACCCCAACUCCCACUUCACCUUUUUCUAUGACUCCUUCACUAUAUCUUCAUUCUCGAAUGAUGUGUUUCUCGGGAAUGGGACAUUACCUGCCUACAGCUUGAGCAAGAAGAACGAGACUAGUUUUCGAAACGUAGUGAUUUCAGGGUCGAAUGAUCUGGACACCGAUUCGGUGAACGCAUUGAGAUCGGAUCUGAAAAAGAAGAGCGGUGGCGUGACAUUGAAGAUUCAGUUGGACACUAAAGCGAAAGUACAGAUGGGUGGACUAAAGACAAAGAAGGUGGGUAUUAGGGUUACGUGUGAAGGAAUUAAAGGGACUGUACCGAAAGGCAAGUCUCCGACGGUGGCCGUAACUACGUCGUCCAAAUGCGAGGUUGAUCUGAGAAUCAAGAUCUGGAAGUUUACUUUCUGAUCUACUAAUUACUGUAUUUUUUUUAUUAUUUUUUGGAGCUUGUAAACUUUUGAGAUUAUGGAUUGGAAAAGGAAACUGAUAAUUUGUUAGUAGAUUAAGUGAAGGCAAGAAGAAGAAGAAGGAGAAGAAGAAGAGUGUUGAAAUCAAGAAAUUUUCAAUUUUUGAUAAGGAUUGCUGGCAUGUUUUUCUA